UGGAUGCGAGUUGCGCCUGCUCGUUUUCUCUCUGAACCACCCGAGAAAUACUUCUCUUAUCGAAUGCCAGUAAAAUGAAACGUUAGUAUAAGAAAAUACAACAAAUAAAAACGUAAAUAAAAACGUAAAUUUUUUGUUGAAAAUUUUACAACAUUAAUAUGCAUCGCCCACUACAAUAAGGAACAGUCAUCAAGUUGAUUGCAGUUGAUGAAAGAGAUUCCCGCUUAUCGAAUAAGUUUUUAUAUAGAUAUUUUCAAUGGCCUAAUUAAAGUGUAUAGUCAAUUUAUUUCAUAACACAUAUAUAUGAAUGCUUAUUGGACUUAUAUAAUGAAAUAUCAAAACAGAUAUAGGAAGAAAUGUUCCAAUAAAAAAUCCAAUAUUAGUGUUUUGAAUCAUGCGGUACAAAAAAACAGAAAGAAAUUUAAAUGGAAACGUAAAUGGAUUAAUGGACAUAAAAUCGUGUAUAAUAGAAAAUGCAAAGAAUAUAAAAUAAUUUCAGUGAAAAUUAAUCCAACUGAAUAUGUCAUUUACUCAGUACUUAAUACUGGUGUUAAUAUGAACCUAGGAGUAGCAGUAAUCAUGAUAACAUGCAGUAUACUUGGUCUUUCCAAUAAAUUGGCAAUAGAUCAAGUAAAGAACGUCUAUAUUAAUGAGUGGGAAAAAGCCGGAAAGAUUAUAUUCUUUGUACGAGGGCACAAUCACAAACACUUAAAGUAUAUCGAAAGAGAAGCCAAAUUUGUGAGCUUAGACACACACGCCAUUUGUCACAAUGGUACAAUGUUGGUGUUAUCGGUAUUUGGACGCAAGGAAGAGAUCGAGUAUAUCUUCGAUGGGCUUUCCUAUAUACAAUAAUGUGUGAUAAGCAGAUAUUUCCUUUUCUGAUAAUUUCACAAUGUAAUCUAUUGAGAGAGAAAAAGAGAGAAUGAGAAAAGCAAAGGAGAAGGAAAGAAUAAAAGAUGAAAAUAUUCUUUAUAAAAUUUCAGUUUUUUCUAUGUAUGUAGCCUAGCUUCACUUUCGAUAUCGCAUUAAAUGCGAUAUCCACGAUUGAAUUCAAACUGGACAUGACACCAAUGUGUUGCUACACUAUGAAGCUCUAAUAAUUCCAUUACGUUUUCGCUCAUCACACUCUUCUACAUCGACAAUCGAUACCCGAUAUCAUCCGGACAAGAUAGGAACCAAUCGUCAAAGGAAGGCUUCCACCGUUAUGAACAUGAGAAUAUUGCAUGUCAAGAGCACGAAAAAAGCCAUUGUUCGCGGUCAGCUGAUACCAUCACAGCUGCUGGUAAAGAGCGGUGCCACCGAGAAAGACCAGGCGAUGAUGUCCCGACCGACAGCGCGGAUCGCCGUCGAGAGGUUCACGAGUGUCAAUCUAGAAGCGCGCUACGCACGUUCAACGGGGAAGCAGCGAAGGAAGUAAAGGAUACGUUAAAGCGCAAAAGGUUGCGAGUAAAGAGAGGCAGGCGCCACGCCCGCCCCUCCAUGUACAGCGUGGUCACAGAGGGGGCGUCGGCGGAGAACGGCUGGCGGUCGGCGCAGCCGCUCGCCGCGUUUUAUGCAACCAGUCUUGCUUCGGAGCGAGCGAAUCCACUUCCCCGGCCUUUGACAGACGGGGUAGCGUGUGCAGUGUCACAUCGGUUUGUCCACCGUCGUUCGUCGGUCGUCUCUCGCCUCGACCCGUAGUCGUACGACCGGUAACGUGCGUGCUCGCGCGCCCCGGCGAGGAGACACCACACCGGCCCCACGAUCCGGUUCCUCGCCGCGCUCAACGCUAGGACACAGAGGCCUAUCUACAAAGUCUGGCAUAACACUACACCGCUUUGUUUUCUGCGUGCGUCCUGACAUUGCCGGCGAGGCGAGCGAGGAUAAGCGAGCGAGAGCAAGCGUGCGAAUCAGCAAGCGAACGAGCGCGCCUCGAAUAGCGACGAGGCGGUGUCGGCGGCGUUCCCACCGACACCGUAUCGCUUCGCGCAGAGCUGCGCCGCGUACGAUUCACGAUCGCACCCCACCGCAACCGAACGGUGUGGGCUCGUGUCCGUCGACGGAGUGCCAGUGUGACGACGGUCGGUCGGUCGGUGGUGUGCUGGCACACCGAGUGCAUUAUCCACGACUGUGUGUGCGUGCUUAUGUGCGUGACGUGUGCGUAAAAGCGAAGCGGAGCCCAGAGGUGGAACGCGCGCGCGAGCAAGAGAGAGAUAGAUAGGAGCAGAGAGGAGAGGGACGACGGCGAGGCGGCCGUGAAUCCUCGAUACGUGGCUACGCUCACGCCGCGCGUACUUCGCGCGACACGAAUACAACGACGACGACGACGACAACGACGUCGUCGACUUGGGGACUACGACUGGAGCGAAAGGCGCGUACCCGCACGCGCUACGAAUUAUCACGCAUUCGUGUAACCGCGACGUGUCUCCUGGCGCGUGCAGGUUCCUAGCUCCUAGGUCGACUCCUUCGACCUCCUCCUCGUCGUCACCAUGGCGGACGACGAGGUUCUCUUCGACGAUGUUUACGAGCUCUGCGAGAUUAUCGGCAAGUGAGUAACGAGAAUCCUACAGAACGAGGAGAGCGAGAAUGAGAGAGAGAGGGAGAGAGCGUGUGGGUUUACGAUAGAUAGAGAGGGGUAUAAGGAGGUACUGCGCGAGAGAGAAAGCGCGAUGCGAUUGGAUGAACGACGGUGGGCGGAGGUACCUUGAGCGUGUCGGUCGCGUGCGUCAGUGUGCGGAUGUGUGGAUGUGCGCGAGCCUCUACGUCUGUGUGACCCGUUGAUAAGAGAUAUGAUGCCUGUGUACGUGCAUCGCUCGUACAUUGGUGUGAUACGGAACGAGUGAGUAACGACGCGUAAGGGGUCCAUUCAGCGUGGUUCGCAAGUGCAUUCACCGCCAGACCGGGCAGAUUUUCGCCGUAAAAAUCGUCGAUGUGGCGAAGUUCACCUCUAGUCCUGGUCUCAGCACCGCGGAUUUGAAGCGGGAAGCUACAAUAUGCCAUAUGUUGAAACAUCCGCAUAUCGUGGAGUUACUGGAGACUUACAGUUCCGAGGGCAUGUUAUACAUGGUGUUCGAAUAUAUGGACGGCUCUGAUUUAUGCUUCGAGGUUGUGAGACGAGCAACUGCUGGAUUCGUAUACAGCGAGGCGGUUGCUAGUCACUACAUGCGACAGAUCCUCGAAGCGUUGCGUUACUGCCACGAGAACGACAUUAUUCAUCGUGACCUGAAGCCGCAGUGCGCCCUGCUAGCUGGCAAGGAAAAUUCCGCCCCGGUGAAGCUGCGCGGCUUCGGCGUCGCCGUGCAACUCCCAACGUCGCAGUCUAAUGGCGUUGGGCUGAUCUCCCCGAGCUGCAAUUUCCCUUUUGAGGACCUGACCGACGCCGAGGAUUCGCUAGUGAGCGACACGGAGGACAAUAUCGGUCGUGUCGGAUGUCCGCACUUCAUGGCGCCGGAAGUGAUUCAACGACGACAGUACGGGAAACCCGGUGACGUUUGGUCAGCCGGAGUGCUGCUACAUGUUCUGCUAACCGGUACACUUCCAUUCGUCGGCUCUCGGGACAGACUACGGGAAGCGAUCUGCCGAGGGCGGGUGCAGAUGGAGACGCCACUCUGGGAUUCCAUUAGCGAGCCGGCGAAAGACCUCAUACAGAGAAUGCUCACGACCGACGUAAAUCAUAGGAUCACCAUCCAAGAGGUUCUCAACCACAAGUGGCUUAGAGAUCGUGAUAAGGGUGCAGCCCGUAUACACUUAGGCGAGACUAUAGAAGAGCUUAAGAAAUUCAAUGCGAGGCGAAAAUUGAAGGACGCCGUGAAAGCAGCCGUCUCCUCGUCGAAAUGGCACGCCCCAUAUUCAGAGGCUAAUGGCGACAAUUUCUCCGACGUCGGAGACGACGAGGUGACAACUACAGGUGCUGUAGCUGAAAUUGUGGAUUCUCUGGAUGAUAUUGAGGUCCUUCAAGAAAGUGGUAGACUAUUACGCCCGGAAAUUAUUAAUGCCGUUGAUGACCAUCGACUUCGAGCUAUCUUAGAGCUUUAUGAUAGGAUCUCAGGUCGUAUGCCAACACCGUGCCGAGCGCCGCAAACGGACGCGGUUCAACGUGCCCGCGAUGUCGAAGAGAUCCUGCGGGAAGCAGAGCACUCAACGGUGCGAAAUAUCGAUAGAGCCGAUCUCCGGGAACUUCAGGAGUUAUUGGUCCAGCCGCACAUGAGGGCACUUUUACAAGCGCACGACGUUGCCGGUCACGAGGUCUACGGCGAAGAAGCCACCAGAGUAACACCACCGCCGCUGCUGCCGUAUCUAAAUGGCAGCGACGAUCUCGAAGGGCAAAACGGCGACUUAGACCUCGAGAACGUCACUCGCGUAAGACUGGUGCAGUUCCAGAAGAACACGGACGAGCCGAUGGGAAUCACGCUGAAAAUGAACGAGGACGGAAAAUGUGUCGUUGCGCGAAUUAUGCACGGUGGGAUGAUCCAUAGACAAGCCACUCUGCACGUUGGCGACGAGAUCAGAGAGAUCAACGGUAUACCGGUCGCGAAUCAAUCCGUUAAUGCCUUGCAAAAGAUCCUGCGGGAGGCACGAGGAUCGGUGACCUUCAAGAUCGUGCCGUCGUACAGGAGUGCGCCACCCCCCUGCGAGUUGUUCAGGAUUAGGCCUCUGCCAGUGUUAAUUUUCGUUCGGGCGCAGUUCGACUAUGAUCCGCUGGAGGACGAACUGAUACCAUGCGCACAGGCUGGGAUUGCCUUUAAAACCGGCGAUAUUCUGCAGAUCAUCAGCAAGGACGACCAUCAUUGGUGGCAGGCGCGGAAGGAUAACGCGGCUGGCUCCGCGGGUCUUAUCCCUUCGCCCGAGUUACAGGAGUGGCGCAUCGCCUCCAUGUCAAUGGAAAAGAACAAACAAGAACAAGACGCUGAAGGAGAAGGUGGAUGUUCUUCUCACACCGAAGGCUGCGACGGCUCGACAGUAAAUUGCUCAAUAUUCGGCCGGAAAAAGAAGCAAUACAAGGAUAAAUAUCUCGCUAAGCACAAUGCUGUUUUCGACCAGCUGGACCUGGUGACCUACGAAGAGGUCGUGAAGCUUCCUUAUCCUGCCUUUCAGAGAAAGACAUUAGUAUUAUUGGGAGCACACGGUGUCGGUCGACGACACAUAAAGAACACAAUUAUCUCCAAACAUCCCGAGAAAUAUGCCUAUCCUAUUCCGCAUACAACGAGGCUUCCACGAAACGACGAAGAGGAUGGUCGUAAUUACUAUUUCGUAUCGCACGACGAGAUGAUGGCAGACAUAGCCGCUAAUGAAUACCUCGAAUAUGGUACGCACGAAGACGCUAUGUACGGAACUAAACUCGAAACUAUUCGCAAAAUUCACGAAGAAGGCAGAAUGGCCAUAUUGGAUGUCGAACCGCAAGCGCUGAAAGUUUUACGUACCGCUGAAUUUGCACCUUACGUCGUCUUCAUCGCCUCACCAGUAUUUCAAAACGUUACGGACCUUGAUGGCAGUCUGGAACGACUGGCGAAAGAGUCGGACAUGCUGAAGCAGGCGUACGGGCACUUCUUCGACCUGACCAUCGUGAACAACGACCUUGACGAGACGAUCGCUCAACUGGAGGCCGCAAUCGAGCGCGUGCACACGACACCUCAAUGGGUGCCCGUCUCCUGGGUCUACUGA